AUGGUAGUUUUCACAUGCAAUGCGUGUGGAGAAUCGGUGAAGAAAGCGCAAGUUGAAAAACAUGUGAACAUCUGCAGAAACUGUCAGUGCCUUUCUUGCAUGGAUUGUGGCAAGGAUUUCUGGGGUGACGAUUAUAAGGAACAUGUGAGGUGCGUAAGUGAAGACCAGAAAUACGGUGGAAAAGAUUUUGAAGCCAGAACUAACAAAGGAGGUGCUAAACAACAAGAGUGGAUUCAGAAAAUUCAUGAAGUAAUGAAGAAGCCAAACAUAAGCCCUAAAGUGCAGAACAUUCUAGAGAAAAUGCGUGUCUUUGAUAAUAUUCCAAGAAAAAAAGUGAAGUUUCAGAAUUGGAUGAAGAACAGUUUGAGAAUUAGUGACAGCACUUUGCAAGACCAGGUGUGGGAUAUUUUCUUUGAAGCAACCAGAAACACUUCAAGUGAGAAAAAACAAGACAAACCACAACAGAAGGAAGAGGGGCAGUCUGCAGAAACUGGGGAAAAAACAAUGGCAAAAGAAAAUGGAAUUACAGAUGAUAAAAAUAAGAGGAAAAAGAAUAAGAGGGAACGAAAAGAAGACAGACAAAAGAACAAAAAGAAGGAGAAAAAAGACUUGAAAUUAGAAAACCAGUCAGAAGUAAAAAAGAGUAAAAAGUCAAAACAGGAAAAGGAGAGCUUGGAGAAUGAAUUUGAAAUAAAUGGAAAUGGCCAUCCAAAUGAAGUAAAAGAGGAAAUAAAUGUAAAGAAACGCAAACAUAAGCACGCAGAAGAGGAACCUCAUAUCACAACAAAGAAAAUUAAAACUGAAAACACUUCAAAAGACAUGGAAACAGAAAACAACAGCAACGAAGAAAAUGUGGGAACAGGUAAAUUCAACUGGAAGGGAACCAUCAAAGCUGUUCUGAAACAGGCUCCAGACAAUGAAAUUUCAAUUAAAAAACUGAGAAAAAAGGUUAUAGCUCAGUAUUAUGCAGUAGCUGGUGAACAUCACAAAUCAGAAGAGGAUAUUCUAGUCAUAUUUAAUAAGAAAGUGAAUAACAAUCCCAAAUUUAAAGUUCUGAAGGACAAAGUUAAACUCCUGAAAUAAGAAUUUGCAUACUUUUCAUAACCUUUGCAUUUUAAUCUUGCAAACUGAGUGAAAUUCUUCUGUCAGCUGUACGAAUUUCAUGGAUUGGUCUCAAUUUAAAUUGUGUGAGAGCAGAAUUUAACUUUUAAAGACUGGAUUCCUCCUCUUUUUCUAGAUAUAUCACAGAACAUUUUCAGAUACUUUAUUUUUUGGUUUUAUGGAAAAUGUAUAUUUUUUGCUACAA